CUCUGUGUUUAUUAUAAACCAGUUACAUAAAAGUUACUACCAUACGGAUGCAUUCGGCUGAAAGUCACCAGAUAACACGGUCACUCGUUAACUUGAAACACCUGUGCCUUGAGGAGCAGGCCAGCAGGCCCCUUCGUCACCCCACUCAUAACAAGCUUUAGGCAUAACUGGUGAAAGACUCUUCUCAACUGGAUAAAAACUUGCAUCACUCUGAACUUUGUGUCCCUGCUUGAAGACUUGAAGUGUUCAACACCAAGCCCCGUCGUCUCCUGCUGUCAUCAUCAAAAACACCAAAGUGAGUAAACGAUUCAUUCACCAUCCUUUACCUACUUCAGCAGACCACUAUGAACUCCAUGCUAACCAACAGCCAGCGGAGAACCAUCUGCUCCCAGCUGGGAAGAGUCAAACUGCGGCUGCUGUUCAAGGCCAGCAUCCAUGGAUUCACCGGCGCAGCCUUCCACCAACGAUGUGACAACCGCUCUCCCACCGUGUCUGUUGGCUACAACGCCUCCGGUUAUGUGUUUGGAGGCUUCACCAAACAACCCUUCAGUCAGUCUGGGCUGUUUGUGCGUGAUGACGAGGCCUUUCUUUUCACGUUCAGUGGAAAAAAGCUCCUCAAAUAUCCGGUCACUGGCCCUGCUAAUGCAGUGAAAAUGAUAAGUAACUCUGGUCCAUAUUUUGGAGAAGCGUUGGCUCUUUUCAAUGGAAGCAAAGCAGUAGUGUAUAGCAAUCCAGGAACUUAUUACACCUUUACUGCUGCAGAAAUGCAUGGCAACGACCUCAACCUGACUGAGUGUGAAGUCUAUGAGGUGGAGGAAACCACAGAACUUGAGAAGCCAUGGAGGACUAUCACCUGGGAAUCUAAGAAGAGGACGGAGCUGAUGGAGACUGUUAAGAUGUACAAACCCACAGUCAGCUCUGUGUCCCAGGCUCGGGUCCUGCUCAUUGGACAAGUUGGAGCUGGAAAGUCCAGCUUCUUCAAUUCUAUCAACUCUGUAUUCAAAGGCCACGUCACCAGCCAGGCCAUCGCUGGCUCCUCUAGCAUCAGCCUCACCACACAGUUUCGCACCUACUCUUUGAAAGCUGGGCGAGAAGGAAAGCUUCUGCCAAUCAUCUUUUGUGAUACCAUGGGAUUGGAGGAAAGCACGGGGGCGGGGCUUGAUAUAGAUGACAUCAGCAGCAUCCUUAAAGGUCAUCUGCCAGACCGUUAUCAGUUCAACCCCUCUGCUCCUCUGCAUUCGGAGACCAUCGGCUAUCGCAAGUCUCCAGGGCUCAAAGACAAGAUCCACUGUGUGGCCUACGUCGCUGAUGCCUGCAAGGUCUCCAUCAUGCCCACAAAGCUGGAGGAGAAGCUGAAUGCCAUUCGCAGAAAGGUCAACUUAAUGGGGAUUCCUCAGCUGGUCCUGCUCACUAAAGUAGACGAAGCCUGCCCUUUGGUGACAGAGGAUGUGAGAAACACCUACAAGAGUGGCUACAUCAAGGAAAUGAUGCAGGAGAUCAGCGCUCGACUCGGUGUGCCCGUGUCCUGUGUUGUUCCAGUGAAGAACUACAGCGAGGAGUUGGAGUUGGAUCCGAACUGCGACAUCCUGCUGCUCAGCGCCGUCAUCCAGAUGCUUCGUUUCGCAGAUAAUUACUUCGAUGAAAUCAGUGACCGAUUCAGCAACAUGGAAACCAAAGAAUAGGAAGUAUCUGUGCAGCAGAUUAUAUCUUGUCCAACUGUAAUCAAAUGUCCCCUCACAAUGAUCCAUCCAUUUAUCAGCAGGUGAUCCUCCCAGUGCUAGUUCACUGUGCAAUUCCUCCUUUGUGUUUUCAAAGCACCCCUUGUAAAGCCUCUAGUAAAUCCUGGGACUGCUCAGCGCCUCCAGGUUUUUACUUCAGAAAAAAAUAUAGAAAACACUUUGAUCGUGUUCAACUGCAAAAUAUUCAAUUUUCUUUCUGAUUCAGUUGUAAAUUUAUAUUAUUAGCAAAUAAUUACAUAAUAAAGGGUGCUUUUUAAAUUAUAGGUCUAAAUACUGGUUUAUUUAAUAUAUUUCACACAUUUAAAAGUUGUAUUAGUGUUGGCUCAUCUAGUGGGACAUUUCAUUACAAGUUUGACAAGCUAUCACAUUAUCAUUACUAUAACUAUGCAAAUGUAUUCUUUACUACAUAAUAACACUAUCCAUUUUCGAAUCAUAAUCAUUUUGUUCUUAGUGUCAUGCGACUGAUAGUAUAGUAUACACACAUUAGAUUUUGUUUCAGCUGUCAAGUUUCACUCAUGUUUUGACUUCUCGGUACACACAUGAUGCUGUGUAAGGCAGUGCAAAAUAAAACAUUUAAAUUGUCAGUAAUGGAAAAUUUAAAUAAUUGAAAUGGACCACUUGGAUUUCAUUCAGUUGUAGUUAGUUAUCCCUAUACCCUCUUUUUGGUUUUGGUGCUUAAUGUACUUUACAUGUAUUCUCUCUGUAGGUGCAAUGGCUUAAAAUGCAUUAAAAUUCCUAUCAAUAUUGA